AUGGAUAAAGCCCACUACGGAGUAUCUGACCAGUUCUUCCGCACCCGUCGAAGGCAUCAAGUCUUUCUGUACUUACGGCUUUGGUACUCGAAUCUUGAUUACAAUGACUAUCUGCAAAAGGCCUUCGCCACGAACGCGCUUUCCAUAUUCAAAAGCGGGCGGAAGGAUAUCCUUCCUUCCUCCGUUAUCAACAAAACAUCCUCCAUUAUCAACAAAACACUUGAUGAUAUUUCCUCAACUCCAGCUUGCGAACUUUCAUCACUGCACGUCACCAAGCUCCCAAUUCACUCUUCAAUAACGCGAGGAAGCAAGAAGCCCUUACAUGUUCAGCAUGGCCACUGCUACAAGGGUUCACCAUUUACCACCAGAGACCUCGGCAAUGUAAUUUCGUUUCUUCCACAAUCUGAUAUCAAGAACCUGCGAUUCGUCGACCACAGGUUUUCAUCAUUAGCCUCACGACAACUAUUUCAACGCACUCGAUUACUCGCCCGAGCUAAAGACAACAACGACCCUCAACGUUUUAUACAGCUCGCUAAGUCUGAGUUGAGUGGAUUUAUCCGCGAAGUCCGCUGUGAUGUUUCCAGCAUAGUAUACAAUGGAUUUUACUAUAUGGAGAAAGACCAGUUCGAGUUCCUUCCUGUCUUCUGGGAUGCAUUGCCCCUUCUAGCUCGCUUUCGAAACAUCCAGACUCUGCAUCUGUGUUUUGACGCCAGCUUCACAUUGCGGGAUUUUAAAGAAGGUUCCAACCAGUUCAGGAGUAGGGUGUUGAAAAGUGUUUUUCGCAUUUUGAUGGGAACAUUCACCAAGGAAGUGUCAACACCCAUCGACACACUUUCCGGCGCAACAAUCGAGAUCCCUCAUCAGGGCACCCCGUCAUCUCCGAUUACUCUAUCUACUCUCAUAAUCUCCAAUUUGGGAGAUUUCCAUGAUCCGGAGCUCACGAACAUGCCCGAAUUCAAUACAGCCAUGGGAAAUAUCAAGGCCUUGAGGCUUGACGUAGCGCAGCACAAAGAAAGGUGGGGAGGAGGGAGAUUCUCAGAGACAACUGAGAUCCCAAAUCAAUGUCGGGAGAUGUUCACUCAACUGCCUCUCACCUGGCUUUCCUCGACGGUCACUGCCAACCUACAGGUCCUCUCGCUACAUUACCAGUCAUACUGGGGCUGGUUCCCCAACAUUGAUAUACGUCUUAUCGGUAGCGGGAAUGGAAUGCCCAAGCUCAGAAGCCUUGCUUUGGGGCGCUUCGUCUUCAGCCAUCAACUUGAAGUAGACUGGAUUACUUCUUUGGAUCUUGAGGAGCUUUCCCUCGAAGACUGUGCGGUCCUAGCACGACACGUUGGCCAUCCGACCACGCAGGAGGGCUUCUGGACUGAUGGCCACGAGUUACCCGCAACAACCAAAAUUGGUGGACAGGUGGAGAGGAUUUAUUUAUGGUGGCAUGAAAUCAUUUGGCAAAUUCGCAGCUCUAUGCUGAACCUGAAGCGAUUUGUCACUUCUUACCAACCGGACCUUCAUGACCAUUUCCUCCGUUUUUGCGAAGUCAACCCCUUUCUAGGUUCCGGGCACUCCCUAGACGACAAGGCGGAUCACACUAGAGGCCUCUGGCGAGAAUUCAAAGACCUCAGCAAAAAUAACUGCUUGCCUUGGAAUACGGCGUUUCAGCACUUUACAUGUGUCACGUCGCCCAAACUAUGCCUCGAAUCAGACGUGUUUCUUUUGUCCCAUUCCGAUCGUUCUACGAGCUUUAUUACACGUUCGUCCGAUCAAAAGUAUAUUUCUCACGAUCCCACAUACAUGGAGCAGGCAUCAUAUCAUCGGGAUCUUUAUGACGUCGAAGUUGACCCGGAAAUCGGUAACAUGAACAAAUUGGCGAAGAUCGAGAUUGUCAUACUACAUUCUAUGUUGUCCAAGAGAAGAAAAAAGGAGCAUAUGGGUGCUGAAGAGUUGAGGCUGUCCCCGAAAAUGGGGCUCCAUGAUACAAAUGAAUACGUGGAAGGUGUACUACACCCUCUACUUACAUAUGAAGAGCUAAUUCUUCUCGGGCUCAUAUUGCGUCUUUCAGACGGCGACUGA